AAUUACCUAUUCUCCCUUAACGACUGUUAUAGUUAUCAGUAAUGGGUUCUGAUAGUACUGCUGAUCCAAUUCCUCUUCUUACACCUUACAAGAUGGGCAAUUUCAAUCUCUCUCACAGAGUUGUUAUGGCACCACUCACUAGGAUGAGAUCAUACAACAACGUUCCUCAACCUCAUGCUAUUCUCUAUUACACUCAGAGAGCAUCUCAAGGUGGUCUUCUCAUAGCUGAAGCUACUGCUGUUUCUGAUACUGCUCAAGGCUUUCCACACGCACCAGAUAUUUGGACUAAAGAGCAAGUGGAAGCAUGGAAACCUAUUGUAGAUGCUGUUCAUGCUAAAGGCAGUAUCUUUUUCUGUCAAAUUUGGCAUGCUGGAAGGGUUUCAAAUUCAAUUUAUCAGCCGAAUGGACAAGCCCCAAUAUCUUCUACGGACAAGUCAUUCACAAGCAAUGAAGAGCAACAAUUCACUCCUCCAAGACGACUAAGGACAGAUGAAAUUCCUGAUAUUGUCAAUGACUUCAAACUUGCUGCAAGAAAUGCUAUUGAAGCUGGAUUUGAUGGGGUUGAAGUUCAUGGGGCUCAUGGCUACUUACUUGAACAAUUCAUGAAAGAUAAAGUGAAUGACAGAACAGAUGAAUAUGGUGGAUCCCUGGAGAAUCGUUGUCGAUUUGCUUUGGAAGUUGUUGAAGCUGUUGUGAAUGAGAUAGGAGCUGAACGAGUUGGAAUUAGAUUAUCGCCAUUUACAGAAUAUAAAGAAAGCCGGGACUCCAAUCCCAAUGCGUUGGGACUUUAUAUGGCUAAUGCCUUGAACAAAUAUAAUAUUUUGUACUGCAACGUGGUGGAACCAAGACUACUACAUACCUUUGAUCCAGUUGAAAGCCCUCACAGCUUGAUGCCACUGAGAAAGGCUUUCAAUGGAACUUUCAUGGUUGCAGGAGGUUAUAACAGACAAGAUGGGAACAAUGCUAUAGCUGAAAAUAGGGCAGACCUUGUUGCUUAUGGUCGUUUGUUCAUAUCUAAUCCAGAUUUGCCAAAGAGAUUUGCACUCAAUGCUCCUUUAAACAAGUAUAAUAGGGAGACAUUCUAUACUUCUGAUCCUGUUGUUGGUUACACUGACUAUCCAUUUCUUGAAUGAAGACGCAUUGCAGCACCCAAGAGUGGAACUUCCAUAUUAAAUAAGAUUGUUUACCUGUUGCACAUUGAUUUUUAAGUGAAGUUGGCCACUUAAAUAAGAAUUUUGUUGUUUAUAGUAGUACUUUUUUUGUUGAUUUUUCUAAUACUUCUCUGCUAGUACAGAUAGUGUAUAAAACUAUUGUAUUUAAAUCCUCAUAAUACUUUGUGUUACCAUCAGGAUUAUUUUAGACAAUACUCAAAUUUGUAG